UGGACCGCACCCCCUGGAAUCAAGAGCCAGAGGCUCUCUCACUUCUUUAACAAAAUCCACGAUCUGGGCAGAAACUUCAGUUCAGCCCUUGUCCAGGGCACUAUCCAGGACCUCGUACAGGAGCUGGGUGAUCUGCUGGAGACCCCUGGGGACCUGGAAACCCUGCCCCACUCCGAGCAGCACUUUGUGGCCUCUAGCCUGCUCUUUGGCCUGGAAAAUGUCCUGAGAGGGCUGAGCAAGGCCCUGCCCAAUGGACCACUGACUUUCAGUUCAUCUGCAGGCACAGAACUGUCACUGGAGGUGCAGAAGCAAGGAUACAGGAAUAUCACCUUGAGUCAAAAUCAGACAAAGAUGUUGCUGACCUGGGAUACAGUGCAUGAUUCUGGUGACUCAGGCCCUACUGUGGUGGGCCUUCUGUCCACUCCAGGGAUGAGCAAGUUUCUGGCUGAGGGCCCCCUGGUCCUGGAUACUGAGCAACAGGCAGAUCUGCAUGAGACACCCCAGGGCUUGGUGCAGAAAAUCUCACCUGUCCUGCUGUCAGAUGUUGUAUCCGCCUUCAUCAGCAACAAGGACACCCAGAACCUGAGGUUCCCAGUCACCUUUGUCUUCCAGCAUUCAGUGAUCCCUGAGCCAAGGAAGAAGGUAUACUGUGUCUUCUGGGAGCAUGGCCAGAAUGGAAGUGGUCACUGGGCCACCAGAGGCUGCAGAAUGGUGGGCACCAGCAACAACAACACCACCUGCCAGUGCACCCAUCUCAGCAUCUUUGCCGUCCUCAUGGCCCACGACGAUGUGCAGGAGAAGGAUCCUGCACUGACAAUGAUCACCUACGUGGGGCUGAGCCUCUCUCUGCUGUGCCUCUUCCUGGCGGCCCUCACCUUCCUGCUGUGCAAAGCCAUCCAGAACACCAGCACUUCCCUCCACCUGCAGCUCUCACUCUGCCUCUUCCUGGCUCACCUGCUCUUCCUAACAGCCAUCGACAGAACUGAGAUCAAGGUGCUGUGUGCCAUCAUCGCGGGUGCCUUACACUACCUCUACCUGGCCUCCUUCACCUGGAUGCUGCUGGAGGGCCUGCACCUCUUCCUCACUGCACGCAACCUGACGGUGGUCAACUACUCUAGUGUCAACAGGUUCAUGAAGAAGCUCAUGUUCCCAGUGGGCUAUGGAGUCCCAGCUGUGAUUGUGGUCAUUUCUGCAGCAUCCAGGCCGCAUCUUUAUGGAACACCGACCAGCUGCUGGCUCCAACGAGAAAAGGGAUUUAAAUGGGGUUUCCUUGGACCAGUCUGUGCUAUCAUCUCUGUCAAUUUAACUUUCUUUCUGAUGACCCUCUGGAUUUUGAAAAGCAAACUCUCUUCCCUCAACAGUGAUGUGUCCACCCUCCAGAACACCAGGAUGCUGACAUUUAAAGCCACAGCUCAGCUCUUCAUCUUGGGAUGCACGUGGUGUCUGGGAAUCCUGCAGGUGGGAUGGGCUGCCCACAUCAUGGCCUAUCUCUUCACCAUCAUCAACAGCCUGCAGGGUGUCUUCAUCUUCCUGGUGUACUGCCUCCUCAGCCAGCAGGUCCGGGAGCAAUACAGGAAAUGGUUCAAAGGGAUCAAGAAAAUCGGAGCCGUAUCUGAGAAGUACACGCUGUCUAGCAGGGCCAUGUCAGAUGCCUGCAAAGACAGUGAGGUUAAUGAAAAAUACCUGGGCUUACCUGGUAGUGCAAUACUUGAAAAUCUGCCAGCCAAUGCAGGGGACUGAGGUUCAAGCUCUGGUCUGGGAAGAUCCUACAUGCUGCAGAGCAACAAAGCCUGUGUGCUACAAAAGUGAGCCAGUGCUCUAGAGCCUGUGAACCCCAACUAUUGAGCCCAUGUGCCACAACUACUGAAGCCCACGUGCCUAGAUCCCAUGCUCUGCAACAAGAGAAGCCACCGCAAUGAGAAGCCACGUACCACAACAAAGAGUAUCCCCUGCUCACCACAACUAGAGAAGCUUGUGCGCAGCAACAAAGAC